AUGCUACCGCCAAACGAGGCCAGUCAUAGGCAAAGAACAAGUCCACCAAGACAUUUACAUAGGUCGCUUAACCAAGACACCUUGGAAGAUAUUAAUGGUGAACUACUGAAUAUGCCUGAAGAGUAUUCUCUAGGACAUUGUGUGGCAAAAGAUAUGCGUAUGAGUGCUGGUAUCGCCGUAUAUUUCAAGAGAAAAUUUGGAAGAGUUGGCGAACUAAUGGACCAAAGACCAAAUGUUGGUUCAGUAGCGUAUUUGCAAGAAAACGAUAGAUUUAUUUACUAUUUAAUUACCAAGGAGCUUAGCAACCAAAAACCAACGUAUAAUUGUAUAACUGCAGCCAUUACGAAAUUACGUGAUCUUAUUGUAGAACAUGGUGUUAAAAAACUAGCCAUCCCACGUAUUGGUUGUGGUCUAGACAAAUUAGAUUGGUCCAUAAUGUAUUGGCACGGCGGCGUUAAUGGUCGUAAUAAUCAUAAAGCGGUUGAUCGUCAACACGGUUUGGUUGGUGAUGGCCGCAUGGCAUGUAAGCGGUCAAAUAAUAUUAUAUAA